AACAGUCAAGACAUGAUCUACAUCUUACAUGAAGCACCGCCAGUAUUUGCACAACAUGGAUACAAGGGGUGAACUGCCUGCCGAGUCGCCUGUGGACAUUCCAGCUGUUGAUUCACUGCAGCAAGUAGGGGAACACUUCCAAUGGUGUCUUUACUGCUUGGAGGAACUCCUGGACGAGAGGGAGAAGCUCAUCCGAGAACUGAUCUUCCUGAAGGAACCGAUGCAUCAAGAAAUCUGUGAGCUGCGGGUAAAACUGGUGGCGAUUUAUCGGAGUAAAUCACAGGCAGAGAUUAAAUGUGAAAACUACAAGGAAGAAAUUAUGUUCAUGAAAAGAAAACUGUUUGAAAUGACAAAGGCCCACAUGACCUAUAAACAGGUAGCGGACAGCACUCGGCAAGGCCUUGUCCAAAUGACAUUAGAACAUGAAGCCGAAGAAUCGAGAUCACAAACUCUCUCCGACCAACUGGCUGCGUUUAAACAUCAGUGCCGUGAGGAAAUAAAACUUGUAAUCCACCAACUGGAAAAUACCAGAAACAUUGACAACAUUCUGCCCCUGUGGAGGAGCCGGCAAACAAACGAAUUCCAGAACCUUUUAGCCGAGCAGAGGCAAUGGUUGGAGAAAUAUCAUGAACCCAAACUGGAAAAGUUGUUGAGCUGGAAUAAAUCGAGGGCGGCCUCCCUACGGCUCGCUCAGCGGGAGGUGGGCAGCCUGCGGGGCCAAGUGUGGCAAUUGCAGCAACAGGUGACAAGCCUGAAUAAUCAGAAGCUGCUCAUUGAGCAGAAGCUGCUGAGAGCACACAGUGUGUGGGCUGAGGACGCUGCCCGUUACCAGAUACAGAAAAGAGAACUCGAAGCCAAAGCCAGGAUUCUGGAGACAGACCUUAGCGUACAGAAAACAAAGAAUGAUGACAUCAGAUGCAUGAAGCAGAACAUAGCAGAAGAAUUAGCUGCUUACAAGGAAAGCCUGACGAUGUGUGGACAUAUUAUUGAAUCUCCGGACAUGAUAGAUCAGAAGAAUCCAAAUCCAAAAUGAACCAGAAAGUUUCAAGACAUUUCUUCAUAUGUAUUGGCACAUCUCCCUUUUCCCAUUAAAGUAUGAAAAAAC